AUGUCAACCUCCACUCAAGCUAUGUCGGCCCAGGUUCCUGGUGGACUUCGAUCGCUGCUUGGUAGCGAAGGCAGCUCCACUGCUGAAGCUGUGUCAUCACAUCCAUCCCUACGUGAAACGUUGGCAUCGUUCAGUCUGCCCACCAGCACGACGAUACGGCGGCUUUACAAUUUACUGCUAGAGCUCGACCAUGAAUGCCUGCGACACGCUACUGAUGGAGCCUUGGAUCCCGCGCAAGACUCGACAUCAGAGGUAGAGUCCGUGGUGGGGCUAGCGAUGUUUCUAUCUGGGUCUUUGAGCCAGUGCGGUUACCCGGGCACAUCUAUGUUCCAAGAAGUCCAACUCCGAGCUUUGAUCUCUUCCCUUGCCCUACUCCAGCACAAUGGAGUUCAUACCUUGGAUCCAGAGCUUUACGAUAAGCUUAGGCUCAAAAAUAUCUCCGCACGGUUUCAGAAGAUCGCGUUCCAGCUACAGCGCAGCUCGACAUUGGCAGAUUCGAUCCGUUAUGCCCCAAAUCCCUAUCUUAUACAGCUUGCUUCACAAUACGUCUCAUUCAUCAAUCGAGGCGACUCCCCUUGGCCCUCAAUAUUCGGGCCGACCGUGGACAUCUUCUUUUCAGCCUUAUCACUGGGUGGAGGUCAAUACAACCACAUAAGAGAAAUCAUCGGCGGUUUGAACCAACUCGUUAACAUAUGGCAAAAGCCGCGGACCAAGUACCAAGCACUUUGUGGUUUGCAGGAGUAUACCCGGCUAGCGACCAGUCUAUGCCAAGAAUCUGCUAUCGCCGACGAAUCGGGUGAACUGCGGACAGCUGCCACCGCUAUUGUAUCAGCCUUAGUCGACAAAGUGGAUGAGAUCCUGGCCGUGGAGCACGGACAAUUCCCACGAGAACUAGCAAGACGAUGGCACAAGGCGCUUGCAGUAAUUUCCCGUGGACCCCCAGAUCUGGAUCGGGGGUAUUACUAUUACGGACUAUUGGAUUGCAUUUCCCAAAUUGCCGCUGUCUCGGAUCCACAAAUGUUGGGGAAAGGGUUGCUGAACCGAGUGAAUGGUCUGAUCUUCGACAGCGUUGUACCGGAGUUCCGAUGGAAAGCUAUAGAGAUAUUUUUUUCCUGUCACAGUACUCGCUGGGACCAGUAUCAGAUGUUGAAAAGAGAGAUUGAGACACGAAGUACUGUUGAGACCAAGUCAAAAAUCCUCGAAGAAAUGCGGUUAAUUCGAGCUCAUUUGGAAAGUGACGAAGAAGAGAGCUUGAGACUCCGCGUAUCGCGACCCCUUACACAUGUCUCCCGAAAACCUUGUGGUGAUUUUGGGAUCAAACGAUAUCAUCAAGCCUGA